AUGUAUGAACAAGAAGCUGAAGAAUUUAAUUGGACACAUCAGCAACAACAGGAACAGCAGCAGAAGCAGCAGAAGAACAAUAAAAAAAGUCAAAGCAGGAACGAAAAUCUUGAAAAUUCCUUUGAGUUCGUUCGUUUUACCUUUUUUUGUCUCGAUUAUUAUGUGAUAUUGACUGAAAUGUUUUAUGCUGCGAUAUUUAUUGCAAUUUACUGA